UUUUUUCAUAACAAUCGUGUUUAUAUUUGGAUUAUUUUUUGUAAUUUAUAUGGACUUUAUUGGCUUUUAUUUAGACAUCCUUUUAUUUUUAAUGGACUGACUUUUGAAUAUUUAUUUGAUCCUUUAAUUGGAUAUAAAGAUUUUAGAAUGGAAUUAUUUAAAGAAGAUUUAAUAGAAACCUCUACACACAACACAAUAUUGGCUUUUGGUUGCCCAAUAAUUUAUUUUGUUUUUUCACUUUGCGUUUUCUUAAAAGCCCGUGAAUUAAUUAACAGCAUUUCUAAAGAAGAGAAAAUGGUUUAA